ACGUGUAUCACAGUAAAGGACAGACAGCAGCGCGAGGAGAGAGGAGAGGGGAGAGGGAAGGGGAGCAGGAACAGCAGCAGCAGGCCAUCUGUUUGGUUCGCCCAAUUCACGCUUUCUUGAGAGCGAGAGCAAGCGCAGACUGAAGAGGAGACAGUUAUCUUUCACUCGUGCUCGGCUUUCUAUGUCAUCUUCGUCGGUCAUUCAAUCGGUGGGAGCAGAAGGACGGGAGAGGGAAGAAGGUUUCGACCACAGCCGGGCGAGUGUCUGACUCUCUCACUGCCUCGUCUCCUCUGUCGGAAGUUCAAUCAACUUUGCUGCUGUUCGCGAGGCGGAGAGGGAUUCGAGAACGACGCAGUAUUUGAUGCGGACGCUGACAGCAGAAGACGAAGAAGGUACCGGGGGUGAAGGAGUGGAAGGUUCCCGAGGAGCGCCCAGACGCAUUUGUGAGCGGAGGACGAGAGAAACACGACGGACAGGAAGGCGGAUCCGGUUUAGAGAGAGAGUGAGGGAGGGAGAGGACUGGAAGUGUUGGUGAUAUGGAGACGAAUUUUGCGACGGUUGGAGGAGGUUGAAGUGGAAAUCGCAGCCUGUCAAUCUGAAGGAGAGAUGCGAAGAGGGAUGUGAGAACCCUCACGGGGAUAUGCAAUCAAGGAAGAGAGGGCGCGAUGGACGGUGGACGCUAUAUGCUGCAGCAAGCAGGAUGGGAUAACAGCAGCGCUUUGGAGAACUACGAUCCCAUCCACGAUUCUGACCUCAGAGCCGGAGGAGCUUAUGGAGGAAGAGGGGGUUAUCUGGAAGGAAGUUUUGCUCGAGAGCCUGGCUUCUCUCGAGAUUCUUAUCAGCGGGAACUUUUGUAUGAACGGGAGGCUUUCGGAAUGUCACCGGCCGUCCUUGGAUUGUGGCCACCUGCGAAAAGGCGAACUCUAGAAGAAGAGCUCGCUUUAUUGCGGGAAGUGCAAAGACACGACAAAGUUGGAUUUGUCGAGAGCUUUCGAGACUAUGGGUUCGAUAGGGUUGGGCGCCACAGUCGAGAUCGAGAUAGUUACGAUGGCGAUGAUUAUGAGUACAGGCGGAGGUCUCUGCGGGGGAGUCGUGAAGGAAGUAGAGAUGUGGACUUCGAGUUCACGACCACACGUCAUCGUGGAGGAGGUUAUGACUCCGAUAGAGAGAGGUCUCGCAGGGAGAGAGAGUGGCGGAGAAGAAAAGACAGAACACUGGACCGAAGCCGCAGCCGAGAAAAGGAAAGGGAUUGGAGUCCUGUAGACAGAGACCGUCGUCGUGAAAGGUCCCGUUCAUUCAGCUAUGAGGAAAGAAUCCGAGGGAGAUCACGGUCGCCUCGGAGUCGCAGCCGUGGUUGGCGUGAAGAUAGUUAUGAAGAUGCUCCCCCUCGUAAUGAGAGACGAAGAGAUCGGGAGGGAAGGAGUAGCCAUCAUGAGCGGGCUCCCUUGGCACCUUCUGCAACCCUUGUGGUGAAAGGGCUUUCGCAGAAAACUGUGGAAGAUGAUCUGUAUCAUGCUCUGGCUGAGUGGGGUCCCCUUAGGCACGUUCGUGUGAUCAAAGAAAGAAACUCGGGUGUUUCACGGGGCUUUGCCUUCGUAGAUUUUCCUUCUGUGGAGGCUGCCCAGAAGAUGAUGGAUGGUGCUGGUUACGAUGGACUAGUCGUAGAUGGUCGACGCCUUUUCUUUGAGUACAGUAGCAAGCCUACAGGCGGAGUGGGGACACCGCAAGGAGGAUCCAGUGGCCGGGGUGGCACUUCAAAGUGUAGCAGUGGAACUGGCACAGAUUGGAUGUGCACAGUUUGUGCUUGUGUUAACUUUGCACGUCGUACUCUUUGCUUUCAAUGCAACGAGGGGCGGGCCGAAGAUGCACCAGCUGCAGAUUUACCUGCUUCCACAGCUCCAGUUUCCGGUGGAAGAAGAGCUUCUGAAGCGGGUCCCACUCAUGUACUGGUUGUACGAGGGUUAGACGAGAAUGUUAAUGAAGAGAGCUUACACUACGAGUUCUCGAAAUAUGCACCCAUUAAGGAUUUGCGUCUUGUUCGAGAUAAGUUCACACACGUUUCGAGGGGAUUCGCAUUCAUCCACUACAACUCGGUGGAAGAGGCCACGAAAGCUUUAGAAGCAAGCAAUGGAACAGCCCUUGAAAAAAAUGGGCAAGUGUUACGUGUGGCAUUUGCCAAAAGUAUUUAUGGACCAGGCUCAUCUGCCCCAGGUGCGACGCCUACUCAAGGUAGCCUGGCUGCCGCAGCCGCUAUAGAGGCGGCAACAUUUGCUCAACAGUAUGAUAAUGUAGGGUGGGUACCUAAGGAGUAUAACCCUGAGGACGAUGCGAACCAUGGCACCCCAUCUGCAGCGUACGGUGGCGGAUAUCAAAGUCAAGCUUCUCAAGGUACAUCCAGCAAAGGCGGAAAGGGAGCCGGAAAAGGGCGCGGAAAAGCUCCACCUCAUGAAGCCAGGCAAGGUACCGCUGAUGCUGGCGGAUCUGCUGUUAACGAAGUGGGUACAUCAGAUGGAACUGAGGCCCCUCAAUCUGGUUUCGUGUGGGACGAGGCAUCUGGAUAUUAUUACGAUGCAGCAUCUGGCUUCUACUAUGAUGGACACCGAGGACUGUAUUAUGAUGGGAACACUGGUAUAUGGUAUACCUACAAUCAGGAGACGCAGCAGUACACACAGUACGUGGAUGCUUCUUCAGAGAAUACCACUGAUGUAGGCACCGACGUGACGAAAGGUUCCAAGGACGAGAAGGCCGGGGAUAAUCCCACAGAGGGGAACAUUACUUCCAAAGCGGUCAUAUCAGCCCCCCCUGCUGUUUCUCUGGAACUUGUGGAGAAAAAGCCAACUUUGGCCGAAGCUGUCGCAGCAGCUGCUGCAGCUGCUCAGGUCUCCGCAAAGAAGGAGAAAGAGAGGCUGAAAGAGAAGGAGAGAGAGAGUAGGUUAGCGGGGAAAGGUCCUGUUAUGGUAAGUAAGAAGAAGAUAACGAAUGUCAUGACAAUGUGGAAACAACGCCAGUUCGAGGGGCAAGGAGCGCAGGGGACUUUUGAUGGAACUACGUCCGCACCCCCUUCAGCAACUGCUGAAACUGCAAACGAUACUACGACUUCCACAACAGCGGCAAGUAUUACCAUGACUAGUCAGGUGGCAAAUGCAAGAUUCAGAGCAGAUACCACCACUCCUAAGGAUAGCAUUGUUUCUUCAAUGGGACGUUCUGGAAUUAGUCCUUAUCUUGGCAUUAUUCAUUCUUCAGAUGGUAUGGGUAGGGCGAAACCAGCCUCUAGUAGUCAAAAUAGCGGUAUUUUUUCUAGUCAGCAACUCACAACCAGUUCUGGUUUAGGCAACAAUAGUUUGUCCAGGCCUUCUGGAGCAGCUGGUAGGGGUGGAGGCAGAGGGAUGGGAAGGGGAAGUAUUGAAACAACUGUAGGAGCUGUUGUCAAUGCAACUCAGUCAUCCGAUGGAGUAUCUGCAACUCCAUUCCGGACCGACGCAUCGGCUUUAGGCUCUUAUGGCCCCAUGGCAGGAACAAAACGAAGGUUCACCGAGACCCCUCAGACAGGUUACAGGGAUAGAGCUGCCGAACGACGCAGCUUGUACGGUUCUUCACUGCCAGGUGAUGUUUCAGGAGAUGCUGAUGUGAAGGAUAGAGGCAGUAAAGGGCGGGGAUUGGACAUGCCAUUUCCUCCUGGUGUCGGUGCCAAAUCUUCGGGUGCUAACGCGACAUUAGCUGGUCCUGAAGUUCAGUCCUUUGAGGUCAUUUCGGCUGAGAAAGCCUUGGAUGAAAGAAACGUAGGCAACCGCAUGCUACGGAAUAUGGGCUGGCAAGAGGGAUCAGGUCUUGGUAAGGAAGGAACAGGAAUAGUAGAACCAGUUCAAGCUCACGGAACUGGAGAAAGGGCGGGACUGGGAAGUGCAAGUCAGCGCAGAAUAGAUUCUCGUUUUGAAACGCAACCCGGUGAUACAUACCGGGUUGUAAUACAAAAGAAGGCUCUUGCAAGGUUUCAUGAGAUGAUAUAGUAAUAAAGUUUGUGGUUUGCUGUAUUUAUCGAGUAAAUUUGCUAGCAGAAUCUGAUAAUGCUCCAAGCUGGUCUUGUGAUUGAUAUAGUCAGUACAUACGAAAAAAUUCUGUAGAUGUGAUUAAUCUGUAUAUUUGCUCUCCAAGUCAUGGAUAGCACUAAUUCAGAACAUAAUUAAAGCUUCCGUUCCGUGUGACAUUUAUUGCGUCUGCAGUCCGGUGCCGUACCUUGUUCAAGAUCGACGUGUAUCGAGGUCAGAUUUCCUAGAUAGCUUCAGACAUUUCUGUGUGACCCUGAUGUUGAUGAUUGGAUUCAAUUAAGGAAAUAAAAUUGCUUUUCCAGUCCGCGUCUCUUAAAUGACCACACUGUACACCAGUGGUUUUAUAUUUUGAAUGUAGCAGAAAUGGCAUUGUGAGCAAAUUUUUGAUUUGAAAAUUAUUAUAUUAUCGAAUUUUAUGAA